GUUCUGUAAAAUAUUAGAUAUAGCUCAUGCACUGUAUAUUACGUGAAGUACCUAAUUACAAUUUAAUGCUCGUCGAUCACGAGUGUAACAAUUAUUUUCGUGGAUGGCUCACCUACAUUGCAGAAUUUUGUGAUUACAGUAUGUGUAAUGUGUAAUGAGUGAUAAGCAGACUGCACCUAUUUUACCGCCCCUUAAUGGGGGUGGAGGAAGCAAUGGAAGCACAACUCAGCAAACAGUUAAUCUGCAACAAGUUCUUGCUACUGCUCAAGGACUCAAUGUUCUUACCACAGGUGCUGGACAACAAUUUGUUAUUACUUCACAGGUUCCUGGUCUUACACAGGUUAUUCCAAGUAAUGCAUCAACAAAUGCAAAUAUUCAACAAAUUGGUGUUAAUAUUAGUAGAAUUGUUAAUAUUAGUGGUACACCACCACGUGCAAGUGUGGGAGUUGCAGGUGUCAGUAAUUCACCUCUCACAUCUCCUACCCGUCAAAGUUCACCUAAAGUUGUUUUAGCAACAUCUCCAAAACUUGUUCGUACUUCUAUUAGAAAUAUGUUUGUUGCACCAACUUCUCAAGCUUCAUUGCAGUCACCACCUGCAAGGAAGAAAUUGAAGUUAGCAGAUUCCACUGAAAAAUCUACUAUGAUUGCUGAUGAUACAAUGGGUUAUAGAAGGAGAAUUAUGGAACAUAAAAUGAAAAGAAUGCGUGCAAUAAGAGAAAAAUAUGCUGAAAAUGCAUCAGAACUAUUCUUUCUACAUGCUGGAGGCAAUAUGAUGGAUUUUCAAACAUGGAGAAAGAAACCUCCAACACCUCAAUACUUGCAUUUUUUACGGCAACAUAGAUUAGAUCCAGAUGAUGAUGAUGAAGAUUUAACAGCUCCACUGCCAGCAAUAUCAGAAAUUCCAUUAACACCAACUACAACUACUGUUUCUACAAUAGUUCCUGUGAAUCAAUGUACAGAAGUAAAAAUUUCUGGAAUCAAUGUUGCUCCAGUUGCAGUAUCUACAACAUUGCCUGCUGCAGUAGCCCAACUUAAUCAACAAGGACAUGUACCAGGUAGGCCUCAAGGGGGCCGCCAUGGCAUGGUGUUUGCCUUCAGACCAGCAAUUCAGUCUUCACCAGUCACCGCUCAUCCUCCACCUACUUCUACUCUAGCACCCACGCUCAUUAUAGGUAAUGCACCAAUAGUUCCAAGUUCACCAAAAUCUGUAACAACAACUGUUCCAAGUUCAGUGAUAGAUAAAUCUACAAUAACUACAUCUAUUACAACAACUAUUACUACAAUGACUACUUCUACUGUUACCUUUACUGGAGCUACUACUACAAUUGCUGUUACUACUACUACAAAAACAUCUUCUGCGCCUACUACACCUGUUCAGCCUGUUGUCAAACUUGUUAAAUUACCUGCCUCCAAUGCGACAUCAUGUGAUAUCACAAAUAAUCAAGAACAAAUAGUAGAAAAAGCUAAACAAGAAGCAUAUGUUAUGCAAAGGAUUGCGGAACUACAACGUGAAGGAUUAUGGUCAGAAAGAAGAUUACCUAAGGUACAAGAACCACCUCGUACAAAAGCUCACUGGGAUUAUUUAUUGGAAGAAAUGGUUUGGUUAGCUGCCGACUUUGCUCAAGAACGAAAGUGGAAAAAAGCUGCAGCAAAAAAAUGUGCGCGUAUGGUACAAAAAUAUUUUCAGGAGAAAGCAAUUCAAGCACAAAAAGCUGAAAAAUCACAAGAACUUAGGUUAAAAAAGAUCGCUAGUUUUAUUGCUAAAGAAAUUAAAACUUUCUGGACAAAUGUAGAAAAGUUGGUGGAAUAUAAGCAACAAACGAGGCUUGAAGAAAAAAGGAAGCAAGCAUUAGACCAACACUUAAAUUUUAUUGUGGGCCAAACAGAAAAAUAUUCAACAUGGUUAACUGAAGGACUUAAUAAAACUGAUGGCCCUCAAAGUAUACCAGCCUCUAUGAAUAGUUCACGCAUUUCUUCUCCAAUACCACCUGGCAAAUCUCAUUCUGAUGAGGAUUUUCAACCAAACCAAAGUUCAGAUGAUGAUGAAGAAACUAUAGCAAAAGCUGAAGAAGAACUGAAAUCUGUGACAAAUCAUAAAGAAGAAGUUGAAUUGUUAAAAAAAGAAUCGGAAUUACCCUUAGAAGAUCUUUUAAAAGAAUUACCACCUGAUUACUUAGAGAAUAGAAGUAAAAGUUUGUCACCUGCAUCAAAGGAAGUGGAAGAAGAAAAUGAAAAGACAACAGAUGGAGAUAUGGAUUUUGUUGCUGCAUCAGAUGAAUCCUCAGAUGAGGAAGAAACUAUCAUGGAACAAGAAAAACUGGAAGAAAAUGCAGAUUAUAAACAAGAAUUAGACGAUCUCAAAGCUGAAAAUGAAAUGUCUAUUGAUGAACUUAUGGCUAAAUAUGGUAACAUAUCAGAUGUGCCAAUGGAUGUUGAACAGGAACCAAAUCAAGAAUCAGAUAAAGAAAGCACAAAGCAAGAAGAGAAUGAAGAAGAAUCUACAAGUAAUGAAAGUGAAAGUGAGGAAAGUGAUAAUGAAGUUGGAGAAGAGGAGUCUCAAACACAAACUGAUAAUGAAACUGAUAUUGGACUUAAAUCUCUGUUAGAAGAUAUAUCUAUGGAAAAAUCAUCAGAUGAUAAAACUGCAGAAUUGGAUCAUUCAGAUGCUCACAAUGAAAUGGAUAACGUAGCAGCAUUGGCAGAAAGUAUUCAACCUAAAGGAAAUACUUUACUUACAACUAGUGUUGUCACAAAAAUUCCAUUUCUUUUAAAACAUCCUCUUCGAGAAUAUCAGCACAUAGGCUUGGACUGGCUUGUUACAAUGUAUGAUAGAAAAUUAAAUGGCAUUUUGGCAGAUGAAAUGGGUUUGGGUAAAACCAUACAAACAAUUGCUUUACUUGCGCAUUUAGCAUGUGAAAAGGGUAAUUGGGGUCCUCAUCUUAUAAUAGUACCAACAUCUGUAAUGCUCAACUGGGAAAUGGAAUGUAAAAAGUGGUGUCCAGGAUUUAAGAUAUUAACUUAUUAUGGAACACAAAAAGAAAGGAAACAAAAAAGAACAGGUUGGACAAAACCUAAUGCAUUUCAUAUUUGUAUAACAUCAUAUAAAUUGGUUAUACAAGAUCAUCAAAGCUUUAGAAGAAAAAAGUGGAAGUAUCUUAUAUUAGAUGAAGCUCAAAAUAUAAAAAAUUUCAAAUCACAAAGAUGGCAGUUAUUAUUAAAUUUUCAAACACAACGACGUUUAUUGCUUACUGGUACACCUCUCCAAAAUAAUUUGAUGGAAUUGUGGUCAUUAAUGCAUUUUUUAAUGCCAAAUGUAUUUCAAUCACACAGAGAAUUUAAAGAAUGGUUUAGUAAUCCUGUUACUGGAAUGAUAGAAGGGAACAGUGAAUAUAAUGAAAAUAUCAUUCGUCGUCUGCACAAGGUUUUACGACCUUUUUUAUUGCGAAGAUUAAAAACAGAAGUAGAAAAACAAUUGCCAAAAAAAUAUGAACAUGUUGUCAUGUGUCGUUUAUCAAAACGACAGCGAUAUCUGUAUGAUGAUUUUAUGUCUAGAGCAAAGACAAAAGAAACUUUGGCUAGUGGUAAUUUGUUAAGCGUUAUUAAUGUAUUAAUGCAAUUACGAAAAGUAUGCAAUCAUCCAAAUUUAUUUGAAGUGAGACCUACUGUAUCACCAUUUCAAAUGGAAGCAAUUGAAUAUGUCACUGCUUCUUUGAUAUGGAGUGCUCUGGAUUAUGAUCCAUUUAAGCAUAUCGAUCUAUCUAGUAUUAAUCUUUUAUUAUGUGAUUUGGAAUUAACUCUUACCGCGUUUGUGGCGCAUAGAGUUAGGCGUUUACAAACCCCACGAAAACUUAUAGAAGAAAUAGAUACACAACCAGAUCCAUUUCCAAGAUGUCCAUCCGGAAAAAUUAAAAUUAAUGUUAGAUUAUCUAAUCAAGUUAAACCAUCAUCUGUUCCACGACAAACCCAAGCAAAAUUAAAAAAUUUAGCCGGAAUUUUACCUACUCCAAAAGUUGGAACAUCUCCUUUAAUAAAGACUGCAAAUAAUCAAAGCACUCCAACGCAAGGUGUCACAUUAAAAGUAGCAGGUGGCCAACAAUUGCAGGGAUAUUCUGUACAAUUAGUUCAACAUCAAGGUAGUGUAAAAGCAAUCCCUGUUGGAACAUUAGCACAUAACCCACAAAGUACAACAGUGACACCAACUACAGCAACAACAAAUGCACAGAGGAUUACAGUAGGGAAUGCAAAUAUUAUAGAUGGAUUGCAACGACUAGCAACACAAACAGUUGCAGUUAAACAAGGUGAUUCCGUCCAAAGAAUAGCAAUGCCUAAUCUUGCACAGAUGGUUCAAACAUCUAUUGGUAGACAUAUCAUUCUGACUUCAAAUCAACAAAACACUAACACAGUUUCAUUUCCAGUAAUGACUCCGUGUGUACAACGUUUAAAAGUCUUACCAAAAUCUUUAAUGGGCCUAUCUACUACAGCAACUACUGUAAACAAAGUUAUAGGAGGUGUAGUGACAACUACAAGUGGAACAAGUGGAAGGCCCGUAAUGAGAGUACCGCCACUCAAUGUUACUGCUUCUCCUAAUAUUACUGCACAGUCUGCCGCUGGUAAUGGACAAUCUCAACAACAAUCGAUUCGUUCCGGUAUUGUUACUAGACACGCACAAAAAGAAUCAGAAAAGGCACAAAUAAAAGAACGUCCAAAAUCCGAAUUUUAUUUGCCACAAUUAGAAGAAGAACGAAAACAAAGAAGGCAAGCUAAACUUCGUUUGGUUGCAAAUAUUAAUGAAAGACGAUGUGCUGCGUGUCCUUUAUAUGGAGAAGAUUUGUUUAUGGCAUUAAGAAUUGGUAAACCAUCUACAGCAUGUAGAUGGCAUAAUGGUUGGGUUCAUUGUGCAACUGCUAAAGAUAGUACACGUACACGAAGGCAAUUUUUUUCUCGCACAGAAGCACUUGCAGAAGCAAUUAAAAGUACGGAACAAAUUGUUGAAGAGCUUAAAGAAGUUUUUGAAAGAUUUGUUGUACAUGUUCCUGCUGUAUGUGCUCCUACACCACGUUUUCAUGUUUCUCAUCCUCCACCACAUAAAUUGUUUGGUCAACGACGUAUACAAAUGGAAUUACAACGUCAAUUUUCACCAAAAUUAGCAUUGUUCCAUCCAGUAGCUAGUGCAAUGAUGACGCAAUUCCCGGAUCCUAGAUUGAUACAAUACGAUUGUGGAAAAUUACAAUCUUUACAUCAACUCCUUAGAAAACUUAAAUCUGAAAAUCAUAGAGUUUUAAUUUUUACACAAAUGACAAGAAUGUUGGAUGUAUUAGAAGCUUUUCUUAAUUUUCAUGGUCAUAUAUAUUUACGUUUAGAUGGUACUACUAAAGUAGAUCAGCGACAGGUUUUGAUGGAAAGAUUUAAUGGAGAUAAACGAAUAUUUUGUUUCAUUUUGUCGACGAGAUCUGGAGGUGUCGGUGUAAAUCUUACAGGAGCAGAUACUGUUAUAUUUUACGAUAGUGAUUGGAAUCCUACAAUGGAUGCCCAAGCACAAGAUAGAUGUCAUAGAAUAGGUCAAACUCGGGAUGUACAUAUCUACAGAUUAGUAAGUGAAAAAACUGUGGAAGAAAAUAUUCUGAAAAAGGCCAAUCAAAAAAGACUACUUGGAGAUUUAGCUAUUGAAGGAGGGAAUUUCACAACUGCUUACUUUAAAAGUUCUACAAUUCAAGAUCUUUUUAAUAUUGAUCAAUCGGAGAAUGAUGCAACAACCCGAAUGGCCGAAGUAUUGGAACAAAAUAGAGAUCGAGAAAAAUUUUUGCAGAAGGAUAAUCAAAGUCAAACUUUAGAGGAUAAAAUAGCAAUGGGUGCACUUGAAAGUGCUCUAGCUGCUGCUGAAGAAGAUCUUGAUGUUCAAGCUGCAAAGACUGCUAAAGCAGAGGCUGUUGCUGAUUUAGCAGAAUUUGAUGAAAAUAUACCUUUAGAUGAUGCAGAUAGGGAUGAUUUACAAGUUAGCAAAGCUGAACUUGAAGUACAAAACUUAGUAUCUCAGUUGACGCCCAUAGAACGUUAUGCGAUGAAGUUUGUCGAGGAAUCGGAAGGUGCAUUUUCUGCGGCACAACUUGCGGCAGCAGAACGUGAACUCGAAGAACAAAAGAAAGAAUGGGAAUUAGAUCGGUUACGAGCGCUGCGUGAGGAAGAAGAAAGACGAAUGCGAUUAGCUGAUGAUGACGAGAAGCCUUUGACGUUUGGACGUGAGGAUGCGCAAAAUCAGGUUAAUAGUGCUAGUAAUUCUAAGAAAUUAGUCAAUAAGAAACUCCCACCGAAUAGGAGGAGGAAUUCGCGUAAGAAUAUUAGUAAAAGUGCUCAAGAAUCAGAAAGUGAAACUGAGACUACUACAGAAUCAGAAUCAGAAUCACAAGAAGAUGUCGUAGAAGAUAGUCUUGACGAAGAGUCAAGUCAUACGGAAAGUCAAAGUCAAGGCGAUGAAGAUGAGGAGGAGGAGACAAAUGAUCAGAAUGAUUCUGGAAAAGGCGGAUAUCCAAAACGUAAAAAUCGGUCUAAUAAAUCGUUCAGUCAAAAUCAUUUUGAUCUGAACAGUCCGCGAACGAGAUCUAGGGGAAACGUAAAAAUUAAUUUAUGGACAUUAGAUGUAAGUCCUAUUUUACCAGGUAUAAAACCAAAAUGUCGAGGAAGAGCUAGUAAUUUGCGUAAACAACGCGAACUUGAAAUGAGAAUGAAAGCAGAAGAAAGUUUCGUCCUACCUUCAUCUCCCGUUUCAAGUUGUAAAAAAUUAAAUAAUGCAAAUGUUUCAAAUAAAUUUGAUGAAGAAAAUAUUAUGAAUCAAAAAGAAACAUCUGAUUUAAAAUCUACUGACAGUGAACAAGAUACAAUUUUACCUGCUGAAGAAUUAUCUGAAAGCAUUGAAAAUUGUAAAGUGAUAGCAAAUCAUUGUAUUGUUGCAACUUCUUCACCAAAGUCAAAAUAUAUUAAAACAAUCACGAUAGAAGAAUCUAAUUCUGUUUCUUUAAAUUCGGUAGAAACAGAAACAUGUUCUCAAUCAGGUAAUUCAUCUGGCAUGUCAGAACAGUGUAAAAAUUCAGAAGAAAGUAUAAUUGAUGACAAAGUUUGUGAUGAAGAUGUAACAGAUAUGUCAUCAUCGAUAUAUAUUACACAAUCUAUGUACAAAUUAACAACACAAUCUAGUAAUUCUGAAGGUGAUGCAAGUUAUAAUGAUGAUUCUGAAAACUCUAAUGUCGAUUUGAUUUCACAAAGUAGUAAUUCUUGUUUGUCUACAAUAGAAUCAAAUACAAUAAAAAGAAUUUCUGAUUCAAAAUGUUUGAAAAAUUCAAUAACUUUAGAAAUAGAUGAGGAAAUUAAUAUAUCAGAAAAUUCAUUGAUUACUCCCUUAAAAAAUAAAAUGAUUACUCAAGAUGUAGAUGAAAAUACCGGUGAGUUUACAGAGAAGUUAAAUGAUUCGAUUUCUAAAAAUGAGAUAAUUUCAUCUAAUAUUAAUGAAGUAGAUAUGCAAAAAGAGGAAUUACUUACUUCUAAUAUAAAACUAAAAACAUUGGAAGAUAAAAUUGUAUAUAAAUUCAAAGAUACAAAUGUUUCGGAUGAUGAAUGUGGGUCAAAAAACGAUGCAAGAACACAAACUCCUACUGAAAAGGAAAACGCGAAUGUAGAAGAAACAUUAAAAAAUAAGGAGCAAUUUGAUGAAAGUACUUCAAAUUCAAAUGUAACACAUAACGAUACUGAAUCUAUUUCUGUGAUAGAAUCAAGAUCUAGUCAGGAAUUUAGUAGCAUCAAACAAGAAUCUUUUACUAAAUUAGAUGAAUGUAUGUAUGACGAAAAUGAUUCAAAAAUUCAAUUGACUUCAUCAAUACAAAGUAAUGACAAUACUUUUUCUUUUGACAUUUUAAAUUCGAAUGAAUCAUGUGAAUCUGAAUCUAAUCUAGAAAACAAAGUAAAAUUUCGUAAACCAGAUAUAUCUUAUGGAGUUAUUACAAGAAGCGCAAAAAUAAAUAUUAACGUAGAUAAUUCUGAAAACAAAAAUUUAGAAACACAUUCGUCUGUAAUAUUAUCUGACGAAUCCUGUGAAUCGAAACAAAAUCAAGGAAAUGAAAAUUCAAAUUCAAUUUCGAAUACUCAUCGUAAAGAAAUUAAAAUGACACAAAUUCGAAGACCAGAUACACCUCGACCCACAAUAGAACAAGUUAGAAUUACAAGAUCGAGUGUAGUUCGUUCUUUAACACCUCCACCAAGUUCAAAUCCCAUGAAAUCAGUACAUAAAAGACGACCAGACACUCCUUUAGAAUGUUUUAAAUCUUCUCCACGACCAGCAACAAGAUCUAUGUCAAAUAUAAAUUCACCAUUAAGAAAUGAAGAACAGAAUACAACAUCAUAUGAAAGACCUAUGACACGUAGUUCAAAAUCCUUGGAUAAUGGAUUUUUAAAUCCACCUCCAUUUCGAAGAAGUAGUUCAAUACCACCAAUGAAACCAGUCUCUGAAAAAUUGAAUGAAAUGAAAGAUUGCAGUUCUGUUUCGACUAGAUCUAAGAAAAACAUUGAAUUUAACAAUAUAAAUAUAAGCACAAGACGACGACCGGAUACACCUGUUCCUACUUCUGAACAAACAUCGAGAGUUACUCGAUCUGGUCUCAAUUUUAUGUUAAAUUUAGGAAAAUCGAGUCCUAAUCAUAUGUCAAAUAAAGGAAAUAAACAUAUCCGGAAAACAGAUUUAUCUUCUGAUUCAAAAGCACAAGAAGAAGAAUCUUCUAUUUCUUCAAAAAUAGAAACAUUAAAUACAGAUUCAAAUGGAAAUGCAGUCGUAUCAGAAACUUUUACAAAACACGAUGAUCCAUUAUCUACUUUUAAUGAUGUUAAUGAAAAACCACAAAGAACAGCUAAAGUCGUUGCUAUUCUUACUUUGGAUACAAGAAGUAAUUAUAGUAAUAAAGCUUCUAGCUCUGUUCAUACAAAAACAUCUAAUUGCAAUUCUGUUGAUACAAAAAAUAAUAAAAAAAACGUCGAUUCUAAUUCCAAUUCCGGAUCUGAUUCAUCAGAAAAAAAUUGUGUUCUUAGAAUUUCAGAUGUUACUUCAAAUUGUAAACUAGAUGGAUGGUGUAGUUCUGGAUUGGAUAAUAGAGAUAGAGAUCGCGUUUCAUCUAAUGUAUAUUCCAAUGUAGCAAGUACUUAUACAAAUUCCAGUAAGUCAGGAAAAACAUCAACGAUGAACAAAAAUACAUCGUUGAAUUCUAAACUUAAAACGGAUAAAGUUUCAUUGCCUGUACAAUCAACAGUGAUAGCAUUGGUCGAUUUAGAUAACGAUCCUAAUUACGAUUCAUCAGAUAGUUCAAAAAGAUUAAGAAGAAAAAUUAAGCGAACACGAUUAUCAUCAUUUGCAAAACCAUUGAUAAGGGGAAAAACGAACGAAUCGCAAAUAAUCGAUACAGUAGGCGAUGAAGAGCAAAUACCACCAUUUAAAAAAGCAAUUCGUUCUCAGCUUCCUGCUCCUCCUCCUCCUUCACAAACAACUCAACUGGAAAAACUAAAUAGCGGUACUAUAUCUUGAGUCUCGCUAAAACUUUAUCGCUGUAAUAUUUAGCAGCGUGUUUGUAUAAAUAUUUCUCAUAAUUUAGACACGCAUAAACAUUAUCUUGGACUACUACUUGGAAUUGCGUGCGCAUAAGAAAUCCAAGUUUUAUUUGUUUCUUAAUUUUCACAUGAUUCUUGUAUAUAAUCACAAAAGUAAAGAUAAGUAAGAUAUUUCUUUCGUUGUACUAAGUACAUACGUGUAACAUUUUUAGCAUUGUAAAUUGUACUUUCCUGUAAAGGUUUCAAAUGUCUUUAAGUGACAUUGUAAUUUAUACUUGGUGAUAAAAAAAAUGAAAGAUGAAAGAAGUAAGAUAUCUGACUGUAUCAUAUUAGAAUAUAUAGAUGAGAACAAUUCAUUACAGCUUAGUUCAUUAGCAUGCUACAAAAGUCUCGCUUUUCGCGAUGAUUUUGUAGCGAUUGAUCAUAUAAACAAAAGAAAUAGACAGUCGAUUCAGAAGUAAACAAAAACAGAAGUAAUACUGUGAAUGCGUCGUACUUUGCUCUUGUGUAACGCCUUGUAUUACAUACUUUGCGAGGUGACGACCUGAUUACAUGCUAGACUUAAGAAGUUCUUCGUUUAAUGGUAUGCCCCACUGUAAUAUUUAAGUUGCGUGCCUGUAUUUUGUAUGAUCGAGUGAGUCCGAGGAAGGAAAUAAACAAAAUAUUCCUUGCUACGAA